CCUCCCCGCGGCUGCCUGUCAGAGCGCUUCUGGAGAUAUUACAGGGGACCCAGCCCGCAGCGACAGGCACAAAGUCACGGGGUAAUGAACUUCGGGGAACCCUUGCCGCUGCGUGCGCGGCUCUCCCCGGAACCCCGGACCUGACCACCUGGUCCCUCGGAAGACUUCCCAGCAAUCUAGUUUUCCCACUCUGCGCUUGGGUUUGGCAGCGCGGAGCCCGUCUGCCUGGGACUGCGGUCGUGUUUUCCUUCUUUCCUUAAAAAACGCGGCGGUCUGUAGAGAUCUGUCCACAUCCUGCAUGCCUAGAGGGAGAGAUUGAAGACUGAGAGACAGGCAUGGGGGAAUUGAGGGGUUUUGCCCUUUUUGCUCCAUAAGGACACCAUUUUCGUGUCUCCAUCUCUGUCCUACAACAUUCCUCUUUUGCCCUCCUCCUUUCUUCGAUCUGCCUGUCCGUCUCUCCGUUUGUCUGUCCAUGCGUGUGUCCAUAUCAAGCAACAUUCCCAGCAGCUGCGGUUUUGCAAGAGCCGGGAAGAAACUUAAGGAUGCAUAAAUUUCCAUCGUGGAACGAAUUCUGAGCGACCCGGGAGCAGCGCAGCCCACAACCGACACCCACCUGUCCGGCCCGGGAGCCUCGCAGGCUGGAGGGCGGCUGGAGAACGGCGGCGUCCGGCGGCGAGGCGGGCGCUGUCGGCCGGGACUCGGGCAGCGCCCACCAACCGCUUCGCCCUGGGACCGCCAGCAUGAGCAAGCCCGCCGGAUCAACAAGCCGUAUUUUAGAUAUCCCCUGUAAAGUGUGUGGCGACCGCAGCUCCGGGAAACACUACGGGGUCUACGCCUGCGACGGCUGCUCUGGGUUUUUCAAACGGAGCAUCCGAAGGAAUAGGACGUAUGUCUGCAAAUCCGGAAACCAGGGAGGCUGCCCGGUGGACAAGACGCACAGAAACCAGUGCAGGGCGUGUCGGCUGAAGAAGUGUUUGGAAGUCAACAUGAACAAAGAUGCUGUGCAGCACGAGCGCGGGCCGCGGACGUCCACCAUCCGCAAGCAGGUGGCCCUCUACUUCCGCGGCCACAAGGAGGAGAACGGGGCGGCCGCGCACUUCCCCUCGGCCGCGCUGCCCGCGCCCGCCUUCUUCACGGCGGUCACGCAGCUGGAGCCCCACGGCCUGGAGCUGGCCGCCGUGUCCGCCACCCCCGAGCGGCAGACGCUCGUGAGCCUGGCCCAGCCCACGCCCAAGUACCCCCAUGAAGUGAAUGGGACCCCAAUGUAUCUCUAUGAAGUGGCCACAGAGUCAGUGUGUGAAUCAGCUGCCAGGCUUCUGUUCAUGAGCAUCAAGUGGGCCAAGAGUGUCCCAGCUUUCUCCACACUAUCUUUGCAAGACCAGCUGAUGCUUUUGGAAGACGCUUGGAGAGAACUGUUUGUUCUAGGAAUAGCACAAUGGGCCAUUCCGGUUGAUGCUAACACUCUACUGGCUGUAUCUGGCAUGAAUGGUGACAACACAGAUUCCCAGAAGCUGAACAAGAUCAUAUCCGAAAUACAAGCUUUACAAGAGGUGGUGGCUCGGUUCAGACAGCUCCGGUUGGACGCCACGGAAUUUGCCUGUCUGAAGUGUAUUGUCACGUUCAAAGCUGUGCCCACACACAGUGGCUCUGAACUGCGGAGCUUCCGGAACGCUGCCGCCAUCGCAGCCCUCCAGGAUGAGGCCCAGCUGACUCUCAACAGCUACAUCCAUACCAGAUACCCCACUCAGCCCUGUCGUUUUGGAAAACUCCUGUUGCUUCUGCCAGCUUUACGUUCUAUCGGUCCAUCAACCAUAGAAGAAGUGUUCUUCAAAAAGACCAUCGGCAACGUGCCAAUCACAAGACUGCUUUCAGACAUGUACAAAUCCAGUGACAUCUAAGCUCUCGGAGUCCCCGCUUCUCAGGAUGGGACAGUUUCUGAUGAACUUCUAGCCACAGAGAACAAGCCUCAACUAAUGAACCCUUCAGGAAGCAUACACCUGGGUAUGUGUAGCCUUCGGAAAAAAAUGUCCGUUGACAUAAAGCAGUUGCAGUCACUUUGACCUGCUGCUUCUCUCCGGGGAGGGCAGCACGCAAGGCCGGCCUGGGCAGAGAGAAUCACUGCCGCCAGGCCCUGGGAGGAGGGCCUGGUCGGGGGGCCGGUCCGCCCCUCACCUGGAAGAUUGGACUGAACUAUCACAAGCUGAAACAUAAGCAGGACCUUCUUUUCUUUCUUAGCACAUAAAGUUGGGUAACCAAAUAGAGCUCUGUGUAUAACAUCGUUCAGCAGCCCUCAGGACUACCUUGUGUUGGAGAAUUUAUUUUAAAAAUAACGGUUAGGACUUAAAUCGAAAGUUUUAUCAAAAGUUUCCCUCUAUUGUAAUGCAUCAUGAAGUGGCCUUCAGAACUGAGUUAAUAAGUGAAAGGUGGCUUAUGCCAUGACAUUGGCUUUUUCUCUACUUUCUUUCCUUUUUCUACCUUUUGCCUUGCCCCUCUUUUUUUUCUUCAUUUUUUAAAUACCAUAGGCCAGGCAACCUUGUCAAAGGAUUUGGUGGACGAAAAUGAGAUUCUCACCGGGACGUCAGGUUGGAUAACAUCUUAAAAAGAGAAGAGCUUUACUGAGCCGACACAGUGGAGGGAGGAUGAACAAAAACAGCAAAACCAAAUAAAGUGCAGAUGAGUGGCUGAGUGAGGCAGACGGCUGUCCUGUUAGCGUAGUGCGAAACUGAAGGCAAGGGGGGUCCAAACUCGUGCUUCAAGUCACCCCAGGGAGUCAGGGAACAGGUGCAGGACUCCAGGAGGAACCCCCAGGAGACGAAUGCUCAGAGGUUUCUUGACUGAUCCAUUGCCAACAGCCUGAGACCCUUCCAUGCCUUUCGGAAAACCGGUUUCUGGUAAAGCCUGCAAUGCGUGCACGUGCACGUCGUCCUACACCCUAAGCUGCUCCUUUGGUAUGAAUCUAUAUUUACGGGAAUGUAGAGACAAACGUUUUAAAAUAGCUGCUGUACUCUUCCCAUGUUGAUCUAUUAGGUACUAGCACUGAGGAAAAAUAUUCAGCACGCGGACUACCAUAGGGUGAGUAAAACUUUACUUGUACAAAGUGAAUUAACUGAUUUGUGAAGUUAAA